AUGGAGUCCAACAACGAAGAAGAGGCUUUUUUUAGAGUGAUUUCUGAAAACAUGAAAUUCGCAUUCACAAGCCCAGUUCCAACUAUGCAGUUUCCAACUCCAUAUUCUCAGCAACAACAGCAACAGCAACAGAUUUUGCAAGCUCCGCAGAACAACCCACACCAGCAACAGCAACAACAACAGCAGCAACAGCAGUUUCAGCAGCCGCUUUUUGGCAACGGACGUGGAAUGAUGAGCACAACAGACGGUUCAAAACGAGAAGAAUUGCAAAAUGCAGAGCACUCCAUGGUGGAAAAUAGCAUGCUAGCCGGGGGUCAAGCAGCCGGUAAGCUCAGCGAUAUCAACAUGCAGCCAUCGUCGGUUUUACAACUCGGGAAUGAAUUCAUGCUCACUUCGCCAGAACAUUUUAAAGACUUUCUAUUUGAGUCCCCAGCAGGAUUCAAUUUGUGGCAUAGAACGCCGGCAAAGACUCCUCUCAGGUUUUUCAACAGCACGGCCGGAGCUCCAACUUCAAACGAUCAACAAGGACCUACGAGCUCCGCUCAUCAGGGACCACCAAAUUCUGCAACUCCCUUGAGAAAUAUCGAUGUGAACCUUAUGUUCAAUUCCAAAGAUAAAAUGGGACAGCCUGCGUCGUCAUCUCCAUCCAAAAGAUAUCUUUCCUUGACGCCUUACGGCAAACGCGUUCUCUCAGAUAUUGGCACGCCGUACGCGAAAUUGUUGGCGUCUUCCAAUAGUGCAUUAGUCGAUUUUCAAAAAGCGCGCAAAGACGUUGCACAGUCGUCUCCAAAUCUGAACCGAGGAAAUUUGCCCAACCUUACAAAGGUCACCCCCAACAAAAGGUAUGGCUCAACUUUUCCCUCAAACGCGAAUCUAACGGAUAGCUCCGCACGUCGUCUGAGCCGUCGGGCUUUAGCUGCCGCGAAGGCUCGAAGGAAUAGUACAUCGAAUACGGUGGAAGAUGACGACUCCGGAGCAGACGAAUGUGGUUCUUCACCAACGACUAUUCAGCUCAAUUCGUCCGUGACGAAGCCAACGAGGAAUAAACUAGGCUUUGUUGGUGCUCCUCCGCCUAUACCCUUUCAGGAAGAGGGAUCGAGUGAAGGAGAAACACACGAUAUUGACAGCCGACUUUUUGAGAUAGGCAAGUUACCGCUGUCGCCAACUCCGAAGCCAGCUAGUUGCAAUGAUACGAACGUUACACAAAUUAGAAUUCCAGAGCUGCCGAAAAUGGGCUCUUUCAAGAGUGACCUGAGCUCCCAAUCUCAGCCAACCGCUACAAAAAAGGUAAUACGCAAACAGCCCAAAUUUCAGAUAAUUGUAACGAAUGCAAACUCCUUCAAUUCGACGCGUGGGACUGUGAUGGGUGGCGAAGGUGGUUCAAAAAGGCGGAAACCAGCGCUCAAGCGUUCACAAUCGGAGAUUGUGUCUGCGGGUGACUCGCAAGGUAACUAUACAAAGCGACGGAACAAGAAACAACGAGCGUCACAAAUCAACCGUUUUACGGUCAAUAACCAGGGGGGAUUUUCGAGCUCGCAGUGA